AUCGCCUCUCACUCAAGCUGCUAUCGUGAUGGAAACUGGACUUCUUUCCACCUCUCUUUCCGAUACAGUGGGCAGGCAAGGCACAACUUUAGAGGAAACAGGGAGAUUCUCGCCAUCUGCUCACCCACUUUCCGCUCUUCAAGCUGGGAGUACAGCGGGCAGACAUAGCACUUCCGCUGCAGGGCAACUGGACCGAAUCUCUUCUCCCGUAGCACAGACUUCUCUGCCGGCCACAGCCAGCGCCGAGUUCCUAUCUCAUAACACCGGCCGUGGACAAUUUUCUUUUCCAACAUCUGAAGAGCCAUCAUCCACAAAUAAAGCCCUACCCAGCGCAACGGCGAUCACCAAUCCCUCUUCUGAUUUGCCAAGCCAGGGUUCCCCAAGCAGGCCAGCGAGCUUUCCCACCUCAGACCAGGGGCCCAGCAAGGCAAAACAUGAAAUUUCCUCUACUGUAUCAGACAGAGGGGAGUCCUCUGCCUCUCAAAAGGUUUCUGGUACUCUCGAAUUCGGCAGCAGUCCCACUCCUGGGAAGUUCUCCAAACCAGCGCCUACAGACAAUCUUUUGGGGAGCAGCACUCCCAGUAAAGCGGCCACCUCCCAAGAGGAGCAGCCUUCUCCAAGUCCAAGCACGCUUGGCCACACCCGGUCAGAAACCAUCAUUUCCACGUUGCCCAAAGCGGUGGGAACUAUCGGAGAAAGCGUUUCCUCACCCCCAACAUCACGGUCCACAUGGAGCGUCCUCAAAUCGCCUCUCACUCAAGCUGCUAUCAUCAUGGAAACUGGACUUCUUUCCACCUCUCUUUCCGAUACAGUGGGCAGGCAAGGCACAACUUUAGAGGAAAGAGGGAGAUUCUCGCCAUCUGCUCAGCCACCUUCCUCUCUUCAAGCUGGGAGCACAGCGGGCAGACAUAGCACUUCCGCUGCAGGGCAACUGGACCGAAUCUCUUCUCCCGAAGCACAGACUUCUCUGCCGGCCACAGCCAGCGCCGAGUUCCUAUCUCACAACACCGGCCGUGGACAAGUUUCUUUUCCAACAUCUGAAGAGCCAUCAUCCACAAAUAAAGCCCUACCCAGCGCAACGGCGAUCACCAAUCCCUCUUCUGGCUUGCCAAGCCAGGGUUCCCCAAGCAGCCCAGCGAGCUUUUCCACCUCAGACCAGGGGCCCAGCAAGGCAAAACAUGAAAUUUCCUCUACUGUAUCAGACCGAGGGGAGUCCUCUGCCUCCCAAAAGGUUUCUGGUACUCUCGAAUUCGGCAGCAGUCCCACUCCUGGAAAGUUCUCCAAACAAGCACCUACAGACAAUCUUUUGGGAAGCAGAACUCCCAGUAAAGCGGCCACCUCCCAAGAGGAGCAGCCUUCUCCAAUUCCAAGCACGCUUGGCCACACCCGGUCGGAAACCAUCAUUUCUACGUUGCCCGGAGUGGUUGGAAAUAGUGCAGCGAGUCUUUCCUCACCCCUAACAUCACAGUCGACACGGAGGGUCUCCAAAUCGCCUCUCACUCAUGAUGCCCUGGUGACAGAAACUGAAUCUUUUUCCACCUCAUUUCCCAGUACAGAUGUCAAAGAAACUGCAUCUCUUUCCACCUCCCUUCCCAGUACAGAUGUCACAGAAAGUGAAUCUCUUUCCACCUCCUUUUCCAAUGCAGAGGUCUGGCAAGCCACAACUUUAGAGGACAGCAGGGGAUUCUCGCCAUCUACUCCACCACCUUUGUCUCUUCAAUCUCAGAGUACAGCUGGCAGAUACAGCACUAUCACUGCAGGAACACAAGACCGAAUCUCUUCUCCCGAAGCACAGACUUUUCCUCCAUCCUCAUCCAGCACCAUGCUCUUUUCUCACAGCACCAUCCAAGGACAUGUUUCUUUUCCAAAAGCUGAAGAGCUCUCAUCCACAAAUAAUCAUUUGUCCAGGGCAAUGGUGACCACCAAUCCUCCUUCUGACUUAACAAGUCAAGGCUCCCGUAGCAGCCCAGCUACCUUUGCCCAUUUGGACCAGGGGCCCAGCAAGGCAACACAUUUAAGUCUCUCUUCAUCCCAGAUGGUUUCUGAGACUCUCGAAUCCAACAGCAGUCCCACUCCUGGGAUAUUCUCCAAACCAGCACCUACACACAUAUCUUUGGGGAGUAGCAGGCCCAGUAAAGCAACCACCUCCCAGGAGGAGCAGCCUUCUCCAAGACCAAGCAUGCUUGCCCACACAACAUUAGAAGGCACCCUCUCCGCAUUGCCCAAUGUGGUGGGAAUCAGUCAUCGUCGAACCUCUGCUUCCAGUUUUGUGAAAAGUGCACAAACAGAGACACUUUUGACAUCUUUUUCAAGGCAUAUUAUGCAUUCUGUUUUUCAUUCUACUGUAACAUCUAACACUCUAACACCUAAUCAAUGUGAUACAGGUCCUUUCUACAUCCAGCUUGACAAAGUGAGCAGCACAACAAUACAAUUCCAUUGGAUUGCUCCAAGUGGGAAAAGAGAUAGCUCUUAUACAGUGUCUCUCACAGCAGAUAACACAGUUCUGAAAAAAAUAAUCACAAACAACACAAUGAUGGUGUUUGAAAAACUUUAUCCAGGGGAUUGGUACACAGUAUCUGUAGAGGUGCAGAGCUGUGGCAAGAAGAUUAAUUCUUCAGUGACAGUUCGGACAGAGGCCACGGAAUAUAUUGGAACAGUUAGGAUUACAAAUAAAAAGUACAUACCACAAUACAGCAAUAAAUCAAGUACUGAGUUCAAAGAUUUUCAGAAGAACUUUACAGAAGAGGUACCAUUUACAACAUUUUAAAAUGAAACAUAAUUAAUUAAAAUCUUUUAUCG